AUGCUCCCACUCGGCCUCCUUACGGCAGCGCAAGGCCACCCCAUGCUGGUAGAGCUCAAGAAUGGCGAGACGCUCAACGGCCACUUGGUGACAUGCGAUACGUGGAUGAACUUAACAUUGAAGGAGGUUGUUCAGACAAGUCCGGAUGGAGACAGGUUCUUCAGAUUACCAGAGGUCUAUGUAAAGGGCAACAAUAUCAAAUACCUGCGCGUGCCGGAUGAAAUCAUCGAUUUAGUUAAGGAGCAACAACAAGGGCAGCAGAAUACCGGCCAAAGAUUUGUCGUGGUAGUAGACACCGAAGAUUCAAUGCCUCCCAUUCGAAUACCAAUUGACGGACUAUGGCGCUGCCUCUGUCCUUCAAUCGACACAGUUGCAGCCUCCUAUUCUGCCGCUCGCAUUUGCGCUCCUCAGACUCGAAAACCUGCUAGUCGUCCUCGUACCAGAAACAAAAAUGCCCCCCAACUUUGGGAUCGAGCUUUCCACAGCUCAAGCCAAUCUCAAUCGCAAGCCACCAACGAAGGUCCUACGCUUCGAAAAAAAAUUCCCAUCCGAUAUUUAUUUAAAGGCCCUAGGGUGAUAAGGCAGAGCGUUGUGCCUAAGUCAGAGACAGAACUUGCAGAUCCCUACCACCAGGUUCCUCUUGCCCAUCUGUAUGAUCGAUUGCGGCAGAUGGCAGUCCAAGAAGGAGGCUACGAUACUGUGAUGAAAUUGGUGGAAUACCUAGUUCGUGUCAGAGGGGAGAAGCCGGCUUUGGUCCAUUACGAUGCGCUUAUACGAGCCAAUACUGAUGCCGAAAAUGGCAGUGUGGAGGUUGUAAAAGGACUGUUGAAGGAGAUGAAAGACGAGGGUAUUGGGGCCGAUUCUGGGCUGUAUCAUGCUGUUUUACAAGUUUUGGCAAUUCAUCCUGACUACCUCCUGCGCAACCAAAUUAUGCAAGAGAUGAAAGAGCGUUGGUUCGGGCUCUCACCUGAAGGCUGGCACAGCCUUACUACCGGACUCUUGCGAGAUCGUCAGCUGGAGGUAGCCAUGGACAAGUUGGAGGAGAUGCAGUCAGACCAGAUAGUCAUCCAACCGUGGCUCUACGACAUUUUUACAUAUAAGCUCUGUGAAGCCGGAGAAGUCGACGAAGCUUUUAAAUUGCUCUAUUACAGAUUCCAGCAUGAUAGAAAGGAUAUAGAGCCAAGCGUCUGGUACUAUCUCCUGAAUACAUUCAGCAGUUCCUUUCACUACGAAGGAGUAAAGUACAUUUGGAAUCUUCGGGUUGCAACAUCGUACCUCAUCCCCUCGGAUGGGAUAUGUGUUCAUGUGCUCAACCUGGCAGCACGCCAUGCCGAUCCGAUUUUGGCCACAUCAGCGGUUCGGAUCCUGUCCUCCCGCCGCACCGCCCUUGCGCCGUUUCAUUACGAGGCUCUCCUCGCUGCUUAUGCGGCAUCUGAAGACCUAGGCACUGCUUUUCGAAUUCUAAUGAUUAUGUCUAAGGCUGGCUUCGAGCCGGACUCUGCUACCACCCGGCCACUAUUCACGCACCUAUCUCAACCCAGUUCCAGCUUAUCAAAAGCCUGGAAAACGCUGAAGUCACUCUUUGACGAUGGCCAUACCAUCCAUAUCGCAGCUGUAAAUGUGGUUAUCGAGGCAACUAUUGCCCAAAAACGGUUCGGCGAAGCCGUAGAGUUGUACAAAGAAUUACAUACGAUCUGUGAAUCAGGGCCGAACACAGAAACAUUCAACAUCCUGUUUCAGGGCGCAGAAAAAGGGCAGGCGAAGGAUACAGCAAUGUUCCUAGCUUCAGAAAUGAUGGCGCUCGGCAUUAAGGCAGAUUAUCUGACAUAUGAUCGACUGAUUAUGGUAUGUCUUCACGCUGAUGACUAUGAAGAUGCAUUUAGGUAUCUUGAUGAGAUGAAGAAAGUUGGAAAAGAUAAAUUCCAGAAUGGGCAGAAGGGAUGGUGGAUGAGGUUUGGCACUGCAGCCGAGAUGGUCAAGAAGUGUACCGAGGCUGGUGAUGAACGUGGAACGGCGAUGCUUGCCGAGAUGAAAAGGAGAGGGAUGGAUGAUCCAAAAUUGAACCAGUGGGUAGCUGAUCAUACAAGUACGGCCCGCUAUUGGAAUCCUGCUAGGGUACGGCAUGCAGCAUGA